AUGGAUAUUUUUAGAGUCUUAACAAGAGGUGCAUCAGUCAACAAGAAGAAAACCGAGGGUAAUAAUGCUGUUGAUGACAGUAGGAAAGGUGAGGUCGCCAAUUUCAGCGCUUCUACUAAUCUUAAUAAACAACCACAAAAUGACACUGAGAUAGUAAAAGAAUUAGAUUUUUUUCGUAAUAAAAGAAUAAUGCAUACUGUCAAUGAAAGGAAAGAACAUGAAAAUAAGGAUGAUGAUGAUAACAACACUGAGGAAAAAGGUGAAUUAAAUGAAAAGGUCGAAGAAGAUAUAAAACCAAAAAUCACAUCAGUGUCGGAGGCGUUAGCGUUACGUAAAUCCUAUAAAGGUAAUGUUUCAGGAGAAGAUAUUCCGCUGCCUAUUGGGUCGUUUGAAGAUUUGAUUAGUAGAUUUUUCUUUGAUAAAAGAUUAUUAAAUAAUUUGAUCGAAAAUCACUUUACUGAACCCACUCCUAUUCAGUGUGAAACUAUUCCAUUAGCCUUACAUAACAGAGAUAUUUUAGCUUGUGCACCAACAGGUUCUGGUAAGACUUUAGCGUUUUUGAUCCCAAUGGUUCAACAAAUUAUCAAUGAAAAAAAAACAGAAGGAUUAAAAGGAUUAAUUAUAUCACCAACUAAAGAAUUAGCCAAUCAAAUAUUUAUUGAAUGUAUAAAAUUAUCGAAUAAGAUUUUUUUAUCAAAGAAAAGGUCAUUACAAGUUGCUCUAUUAUCUAAAUCGUUAAGUGGUAAAUUGAGAAACAAAGUUGUUAGUAGCAAAAAAUAUGAUAUAAUAAUAACUACGCCAUUAAGAUUGAUUGAUGUUGUGAAAAAUGAAGCUCUUGAUCUAUCUAAUGUUAAACAUAUAGUGUUUGAUGAAGCAGAUAAAUUGUUUGAUAAAACUUUUGUUGAACAAACUGAUGACAUUUUAGGGUCUUGUACUAAUUCAAGUUUGCGUAAGGCUAUGUUUUCUGCUACAAUUCCGUCAAGUGUGGAGGAAAUGGCUAAAACCAUUAUGAUGGAUCCGGUUAGAGUAAUUAUUGGUCAUAAAGAGGCCGCUAAUGCUAAUAUUGAACAAGAACUAAUUUAUUGUGGGAACGAAGAAGGGAAAUUAAUUGCUAUUAGACAACUAGUACAAGAUGGUAAAUUUAAACCACCAGUAAUUAUUUUCUUGGAAUCUAUUACUAGAGCCAAGGCAUUAUAUCAUGAGUUAAUGUAUGAUAGAUUGAAUGUAGAUGUUAUUCACGCGGAAAGAACUGCAGUACAAAGAGAAAAAAUAAUCGAAAGAUUCAAAAUAGGUGAUUUAUGGUGUUUAAUCUGUACAGAUGUUUUGGCCCGUGGUAUUGAUUUUAAAGGUGUUAACCUCAUAAUAAACUAUGAUGUUCCAAGAACAGCACAAGCAUAUGUUCAUAGGAUUGGUAGAACUGGUAGAGGUGGUCGUCAUGGUAAAGCCGUUACCUUUUAUACAAAACAAGAUUCUGUUGCUAUAAAACCGGUGAUAAAUGUUAUGAAGCAAAGUGGAUGUGAAGUUCCAGAAUGGAUGAGUAAAAUAGCAAAGAUGAGUAAAAGAGAGAAGGAGUCAUUAAAGAAAGGCAAGUUGCAUAAGGAAAGAAAACAGAUUAGUACAGUACCAAAGAUUGAUAAGAUAAAGAGAAAACGUAGACAAGAAAUGAUUGAAGCAUCUAAAAGAAGAAAAUUGCAUUCAAAGAAACAAGAGGAAGACAAAUAG